AUGUCCUCUGCUAAAAGGAAACUCGCGGUUGAGGAAAGCUCAAGCAAACCUGUGAGCAAGCGGUCCAAGCCUGACCCCAAGAAAGGCCUGGAGAAGUCUUCCAAGCCAUCUAAGAGCGAGAAAGGCACCACAGCGCCUGCACAGAAAGCAUCAAAACCCCUGUCCUCCUCUGUUCUCACCAAAGAACAGCCUGCAUUCCCUCGAGGCGGUGCUGGUCUCCUCACCCCGGUCGAACGUAAACAGAUUCAAGCAAAAGCCUCGCGAGAUGCGGUGAAGGAGUUCAAAAAGUCGCAGGAUCUUUUUGGUGGUUCCAGAUCAAAAGAUGAAGACACAUCCGACGAAGGAGCAGAUUCAGCGUCCGAGCCGGAAGUCGCUAAACCUGAAAAAAAAUCUCGCAAAGAGAAGGCCCGCAAGAAGAAGUCAGACGUUGAGGAACUUGAAGUCCGCAUUGGCGGCUUGAGCUACAAGAGAAUUACCACAGGGUCACUAGUUCUCGGUCAAAUAAGUGCUAUCGGUAACAGAUCCUUGACUGUGGGGUUACCCAACAACUUGGUUGGCUUUGUACCCAUCACAUCAAUAUCUCCACAACUUAGCAACAGGAUCCAGUCUCUACUCGAUGAAGGCAUCGACAAUAAUGAGGCUAGCGGCGGCGAUGAAGAUGAGGACGACGAGAAGGACGUCGUUCUGUCUGAUUAUUUCCGAGUCGGACAAUUUCUCCGCUCAUCGGUCACCUCGACCGAACAGGAACGUUCAGGACCCAAAACGCAAUCACGAAAACGAAUAGAGCUGUCCAUCGAACCUGUGUUGACCAACGUCGGUCUGAAUCAGACAAAUCUAGUCUCAGGCGCUACUGUGCAAAGCUCGGUCACCAGCGUUGAAGACCACGGUCUCGCGGUGGAUUUGGCAUUGGAACAAUCUAGUGCUCGAGGGUUUAUCCUUAAAAAGCAUUUGCCUAGAGGCGUUUCCUUGUCUGAUGUCAAGCCUGGGGCGGUUUUCCUAUGCACUGUACUCGAGACCAGUUCCAACGCCAAGGUGAUUAAACUUUCUGCCGAUCUCUCUGUUGGAAGUACUUUGAGGACUGCGCCAACAGUGGACACCUUCCUUCCCGGUACUAAGGCAGAGAUUUUGAUCAGUCACAAAACAGAUGCUGGAAUCGCUGGGAAAGUCAUGGGCCUCCUCGAUGUGACGGCAGAUGUUGUCCACUCGGGGUCCUUUAAGGAUAGGGAGGCAUUCAAUGCAAAGUACGACAUUGGUGACAAGAUCAUUGGACGUCUUAUCUGCUCUUUCCCUUUGUCAGAUCAAAAAGCGCUAGGAUUCUCCUUGCUAGAGCAUCUGUCGGAUAUCAAAGCAGUUGAGACAUCUGAUGAUACACGCAACAAGCUAUCAAUUUCAACCAUCAUCAAAUCUGCCACCGUGAUUCGAGUGGAGCCUGGCCUGGGCAUUUAUGUUCAACUUGGUGGGGAUGCCGUUGGAUUCGCUCACGUGUCACGACUGUCAGAUAAGAAGGUUGAAUCUCUUUCAGAGUUGACUGGUGCCUAUAAACUUGGUUCAGAGCACAAGGCGCGGAUACUCGAGUAUAACUCUCUUGAUGAUCUAUACAUUGUGUCUCUACAACCGAGCGUCCUUCAACAAGCCUUUUUGAGAGUUGAUGAUGUUCCUGUGGGUGCCGUGGUCAAGGUCAAGAUUGAGAAGAUACUCAUCAAUGCCGACGGCGUUAACGGUUUGAUCCUUAACCUGGCGGAGGGCGUUACUGGGCUCGUACCUCAGACUCACAUGUCUGAUGUCGAAUUAAAGCACCCGGAAAGAAAAUUCAAGGAAGGGCUAACAGUUACAGCAAGAGUCAUGUCCAAAGAUGUGGUCAGACGACGCCUGAGACUUACUUUGAAGAAGGCUUUGGUCAAUAGUGACCAAAAAGCCUGGAUGAGCUAUGAUGAUAUUGAAGUUGGUAAUUCAACAGUAGGCACUCUCGUCAAGGUUGACCGGGCAGGUGCAAUCGUUCAAUUUUUCGGCUCCGUGAAAGGAUUUUUACCUGUCUCGGAAAUGAGUGAAGCUUUCAUCAAGGAUGCUACCGAGCACUUUCGAGUGGGACAAGUUCUGACAGUCAAUGCUAUCAGUGUUAAUCCGGCCGAGAAACGCCUGACAGUGACUUGUCGAGAUGUCAAUGCUGCCAAUCCCUCAACUGAAAACACCUUUGCCGAGCUUCAAGCAGGAACAAUCACGAAUGGUACGGUAUUCGAGAAAUCACAAAAUGACAUUUUGCUUCGGUUGGAAGGAUCUGAUGCGAUUGCACGUCUCAUUCUGGAUCACGCUUCUGAUGGAUCAUUGAAGAAGCGAGAAUCGGCAUUUUCUAAGAUCAGAGUUGGCCAACGACUUCAAGAUCUAGUUAUCCUGCAAAUCCAGGCAAAGAGACGACUUGUUCUAAUAUCCAAUAAACAAAGUCUCGUCAAAGCAGCUUCAGAUGGAACCCUUCUGAAAAGUUAUGAACAGCUCACGGAGAAUGGGACAUUCACCGGGUUUGUGUCGAACAUCAUGGAUGAUGGGGUAUUUUUGAGCUUUGCCGCCGGAAUCAGUGGCCUGAUACCCCGAGGUCAAGUACCUGUUGACAAUGAGAACCAACCAGACUUUGGGAUGACAAAACUUCAGCCAGUUACAGCUCGCGUCACAAACAUCGACUACAAAGGUGCUACGCCUCGUUUCUGGCUAACCAUGAGAGAAGGAGGAUCGAAACCUGUCCCGACUCCCUCUAAGAAGCCCGAACCCCAAGCCGAAAACACCUCUGUCGUUAAUCCCGUUGAUCCGACUAUUACCGCAUGGAGCGACUUUCACGUGGGCAGGGUCACCAAAGCAAGAAUUAUAUCAAUCAAGGACACCCAGAUCAAUGUGGAAUUAGCCAAGGAUGUUCAAGGCCGAAUUGACGCUUCCGAAGCCUUUGACAAAUGGGAAGAUAUCAAAGAUCGGAAGAAACCACUCAAACAAUUUUCCGCUAAACAAGAGCUCUCAGUCAUGAUCAUUGGAGCUCAUGACACGAGAAAUCAUAGAUUCUUGCCGUUGACGCACCGAGCUUCGAAGAACACUGUUUUCGAACUUACGUCAAAAUCAAGCGCUAUCGCAGACCCCAAGAAUGCAAGCCUCUCAUUGGAAAGCAUGGCGAAUGGUUCCCGUUGGCUUGCGUUUGUGAACAACAUUUCCGACUCUGGUCUGUGGGUCAAUAUAUCGCCUUCUAUCCGUGGCAGAAUCCGUGCGACAGAUGUCUCAGAUGAUUUGUCUUUGGUUGCAGACCUCCAGACCAAUUAUCCUCUCGGGUCUGCUCUUCGUGUUCAAGUCAUAUCCGUUGAUGUUGAAAAGAACAGGCUGGAUUUAUCCGCCAAAUCUGACAGCGCCGCAAGCUCACUAAGUCUUGAGAGCAUUUCUGCAGGACUAGUGUUGCCAGGUCGUGUCACCAGAAUCAGUGAUCGCAAUAUCGUCGUUCAACUGAGCGACCAAGUUGUUGGAGUUGUGGAUUUGAUCGAUAUGGCAGAUGAUUACAACGAAUCCAAUCCGGCAAAGUAUGAGAAGAAUGACGUACUUCGAGUCUGCGUGCUGAAAGUAGAUGCGCCAAACAAGAAGGUCACAUUAUCUGUACGACCAUCCAAAGCCCUCAGUUCGUCAUUUCCAGUGACAGACCCAGAGAUUACGUCUGUUAAACAACUCGCUGUUAACGAUGUGGUUCGUGGUUUCAUCCGUAACGUUGCAGACAAGGGCGUUUUUGUGACGCUGGGCCAUGGGGUUACUGCAUUUGUCAGGGUCUCGAAUCUUUCCGACAGCUAUUUGAAAGAAUGGAAGAAUCAUUUCCAGAGAGAUCAAUUGGUGAAGGGGAAGAUAAUAUUCCUCGAUGAGGCUUCAGGCAAUGUCCAACUCAGUUUGAAGGAAUCCGCUUUGGACCCAAAAUACAAAGCUCCGUUAGUAUUCAACGAUCUCAAGCUCGGAGAGAUUGUUACGGGCAAGGUUGUCAAAGCCGAGGCAUUUGGUGUCUUCAUUCUUGUUGACAACUCCGAGAACGUUCGUGGCCUCUGUCAUCGCAGUGAGAUUGCUGAACAGCGAAUUGAAGAUGCCAGCAAGCUUUUCAACGAAGGAGAUAAAGUGAAAGCCAAGGUGCUCAAACUGGAUGCUGCCAAUCGAAAGAUCAACUUCGGGAUGAAGGCGUCGUAUUUCGCAGAUGAGAAUGACGUGGAUGAUGAUGCCGACUCCGAUGGUGUUAGCGUAGAUGAAGGCGGAGUUGACCUUGACAUCGGAAUGGAAGACGUUGACGAAGUCGCCGCUGACGAAGAUGAGGAGGAGGAUGAUGAGGAGAACGAGGACGAGGUCAAUCACGGGGAGAGCGCAGACUCGGAUAUCGAAGCGGAUGAUUCUGAAGAUGAAGCAACCUCUGCUGCUCUCACAUCCACACAGCCAAAGGGACUCAACGUCGGCGGCUUCGACUGGUAUGGCCUGUCGGAGCCCACGUCAUCCAGUAAACGCGCAGCGGCAACCUCCGACUCUGAAGACGACGAGGCCCCAACCGCGAAAACAAGCAAGAAAAAGAGGAAGAGAGCUGAUAUCCAAAUCGACCACACAGGCGACUUGGACCGUGACGGCCCUCAAUCCAUCGACGACUACGAACGCCUACUGCUCAGCGAACCGGACUCCUCCCUCCUCUGGCUCCAGUACAUGGCGUUCCACCUGGAGCUCGGCGACGCGGACCAUGCGCGCAGCAUUGGCGAGCGCGCGCUGAAAUCCAUCGGCCUGGGCCAGGAAGCGGAGAAGCUGAACGUGUGGAUCGCGCUGCUGAAUCUGGAGAACGCCUACGGCGACGACGAGUCCAUCGACGCCAUCUUCAAGCGUGCCUGUGAAUACAACGACCCACAGGAUAUCUACUCCCGCCUCGCGAGCAUCUACAUCCAGUCCGGCAAGCGCGACAAGGCAGAUGAUCUCUUCCAACGCAUGCUCAAGAAAUUCACCCAGGACCCCAAGGUCUGGAUCAACUAUGCGACGUUCCUGUUCGGAACUACCGCCGAAGCUGAUUCCAGUGCCACCACCAACACCGACACGGCCGCUGGUGCGGACAAAGCGCGCGCCCUCCUCCCCCGCGCGCUACAGACCCUCCCGAAACACACGCACUUCGACCUGACCCUGAAAUUCGCACAGCUCGAAUUCAAGCAGAGCGGCAGCGGCACGGGUGUGCCGGAGCGCGGCCGCACGAUCUUCGAAGGCCUGCUCAGCGCGUUCCCGAAGCGCGUCGACCUCUUCAAUGUGCUGUUGGAUCUAGAGCUGAAGCUCGACGACAAUGAAGCAACGGUGCGUGCGCUCUUCGAGCGCAUCUUCGCCGGCCCCAGGAAAUUGAAGCCCAAGCAGGCCAAGUAUUUCUUCAAGCGGUGGUUGGCGUUUGAAGAGGGUGUGGGCGGUGCGAACGAGAGGCGUGUCGAGGAGGUCAAGGUCAAAGCGGCGGAGUGGGUUAGGAGCAAUUAG